AUGGGGUUCCAAAAUGGGACGAGAGCCCCGGCGACCGACGAUGAUGGACAUGGCACUCACGUGGCCAGCACGGCCGCGGGACGCUUCGUCGACGAUGCUGAGGUCCUCGGAAUGGCGAAGGGCGUCGCCUCCGGAAUGGCUCCGAAAGCUCACCUGGCCAUCUACAAGGUGUGCUUCCACGACGGUUGCUCCGGCAGCGACAUAUAUGCCGCUAUAGAUCAAGCCAUCAAGGACGGAGUCGAUGUGCUCUCGAUGUCCAUCAAUGGUGCCCCCAAUGCCACAUUCUAUCAGGACCCCGUCGCCAUCGGCUCGCUGGCUGCUGUUGAGAAGGGGAUCGAUCUUCCCUUGUGCGGCUGCCGGCAACGAUGGCCCGGAGAUCAAUACCGUCAACCAUGA